CAAAAUCUCUCCUCGAAACGUUCUCGUUGCCGUGUCUAGUUUCCAAAUCUCCUCUAGGUAAUUCUAAAAAAAAAUGGAUGCUUACAGAGACAGGAUCAGUCGUUUACCAGAUGACUUCCUGUUACAGAUACUCUCACGUCUUCCGACAAAAGAUGUCGUGGCGAUGAGUCUCUUGUCUAAACGAUGGCGGUUUCUUUGGACAUUAGUCCCUAAGCUCAGCUUCGACCUCAGGCUUCACGACAAUACAUGUCACAAGUUCACAAAGUUUGUAGACAGGUCUUUGCUGCUACACAAGGCUCCAAUCUUAGAGUCUUUGCGUGUCAAGAUUGGUUCCAUAUGUCAUAACGCUGAUGUAGAUGUUGGAGUUUGGGUUAGGAUUGCUGUAGAACGCGGCGUGCGUGAGCUGGAUAUCAGUUACUGUCCUGCUGUAGAGCCUAUUAGAUUGCCUAAGUGUUUGUUUACUUGCGCAACGCUUGUGGUUUUGAAACUCGAGAAUAUGAGCCUUGUUGAUGCUUCUUCUUAUGUUUGCUUUAAGUCACUCAAGACUUUGCAUCUUCUUGAUGUGAAGUACUUUGAUGACCAGUCACUUCCUUUUCUUUUGUCUUCGUGCUCUGUUCUCGAAGAUUUGGUUGUGCAGAGAUGUCCUGGUGACAAUGUUAAGAUCGUUUCUGUUAAUGCCAUGUCCUUGAAGACUCUCACUUUGCAUAAAUCGUCGCAAGCUUUUGAAGGAGAUGAUGAUGGGUUCUUGAUAACGGCUCCUAAGCUGAAGCGGCUUGAUAUUGAAGAUUAUUGGGGUGGGUUUUGUUAUAUUGAGAAUAUGCCUGAGGUUGUUGAGGCUAAUGUUGAUGUUAUUUAUAAAAACACUGAGAGGAUUCUGGGAUCUCUUACCUCGGUUAAGCGUCUUGCUUUGUGUCUGAUGACUUCAGAUGCUGCUUAUCCUUCCGGUACUGUCUUCUCUCAGCUUGUUCAUCUAGAGCUAUGCAUUUGUGCGCCACGGUGGUGGGAUUUGCUCACCCGAGUGAUUGAGGAUUCACCUAAACUACGUGUUCUUAAACUCCGCCAGAAACAUAUACGACGUACAUCUAGUCCCGGGGGUAGCUGGAAGCAACCUGCGUCUCUUAGCAAGGGGUUGUCUCUUGAGACUUUUAAGUGGGAACUAUACGAAGGAUCACAAAGGCAGAAGGAAGUGGCGAAAUUCAUCUUGAAACACGCUACUCGGUUGAAGAAAGCGAUAAUCUCUCCCAAGCCAAGCAGUAGUCUGCUAGAGAAACAUGAGAUGCUCAAGGAGUUGUCAUCUGCUCCACGCGGUUCUAGUUCAUGCAAGCUCUUAUUCGACUGAAAUAUAGAAAGAAAGAAAUGAACUUGAGAGGCUGUCUUGAGAAACCUUUGUUUAGUAUGUGUUUAUUUAACAUCGUUUGGAUUGUUGUUGCCUUCAUGUAUCUGAAUGUUAGAACCUCUGAAUGCUUUUAAUCUGCAUCUUAGUUUUAUCCUCAUUCGGUGCUUGUGUUAAUAAAGAACAAAAAGCACAUGUUAAAUGACAAUUAUCAUUGCCCUUGUAAGAGAAACUUAGUACUGUUU